AUCCAUGCACACAGCACACGGGAAGCGAGUCACAACUGACACAUGCAUUGCAACAAGUACACACACCCUUACCAUAUGGCAAGGCUGUUCGCCGUGUGCUUCGUUAUCCUCAGUUUCGCCAUGGCCGCGGCGGCAGCGAGGCCGGCAACGUCGUCGACGGCGGACGCUCCAGCGACGAGCGGCGACUGCAGCAGCGACGUGCAGGACCUGAUGGCCAACUGCCAGGACUACGUGAUGUUCCCGGCCGACCCGAAGAUCGACCCGUCGCAGGCUUGCUGCGCGGCGGUCCAGAGGGCAAACAUGCCGUGCGUGUGCAACAAGGUCAUCCCGGAGGUCGAGCAGCUGAUUUGCAUGGACAAGGUUGUGUACGUCGUCGCCUUCUGCAAGAAGCCCUUUCAGCCUGGCUCCAACUGUGGAAGCUACCGUGUUCCUGCUUCCCUCGCUUAAUGCUUAUGUGUCCUGCCAGUUGCAUUAUCACGGAUAACUGAUCAUAUGCCAUUUUAUGGCUUCAGUCAUAAUAUAUUGUUUUACUAAGUUUGUCUACAUGAUAAAGAGAUACACAUGGAUCUCUCCUAAAUAAAGUCAUCAUUGAUGUCCA